AUGGCUAGAAUCUCCGCGCUACCCGUUGCGGUGCUACCACAGCUUGUCCAUCCUCCAGUGUAUACUUUCAAGGACGAGAGUACUGCCGGAGCUGCCAAUUUGGUCAUUGUGAAAGCUAGAGAUGACGCUGCUCUCGACACCGCUUACGAGGAAUCCGACAUCAAGACCAGGGAUGAGACCGCCCUGGACAUCAUUGAUAAGGAACCUAACGUCAACACCAGAAGCGAGGCUGCUGUUGAAGCUGUCAACCCAGAUUCUCACAACAUCGAGACGAGAGGAUAUCGCGGUGGCAACGAUCGCGACCGUCAAGACUAUUACUAUGACAGCUCAAGAAAAUCCCGGGGAGAACACAACACGCCCGCUGAUGACUGGAAGUACCAAGACAACCUCGCGAAGCUUAGAGCUGGCAACUGUGGAACAGGAUGCAUCAAUUCCAUCAAGUCAUAUGACUCGGUGGCAUCUCGAGAUUCAAAGUUAGCCAGGGCGCGUACAGACCAGGAUUAUUACAAUUAUGACCGCUAUACCAACGCCAAAUAUGACUACCGCGGUUAUGACACUUAUAAUUAUCCUGUCGCCGGCUCACGAGCGUCUCGAGGAGAACACAACACGCCUGCUGAUGACUGGAAAUACCAAGAUAACCUUGCGAAGCUUAGAGCUGGCAACUGCGGGACGGGAUGUAUCAACUCUAUCAAAUCAUAUGAUUCGGUAGCCCACAAAGAUUUCGUGGCCUACAAGAAGGGGUAUUACCCACCGUACUGA